CCAGUAUCCCAGCAGGCCACAAUAACCGGAAAAUACAUCGAGGGUAAAGCGCCGAUUCGGAAAAACAGUUCUGAGAAGGAAGUUAACAUUUUAGUGCUGUUUAACUAUAUGCAUAACGGAUUAAUUACGUUUCAGAUCGCUGUAAAUGUGUGUACGUUACUAAGCGAGUGAGUUUAAAUCGCCGAAUAGUAUGUUGUUUUUAUUUUCUUUCACGUUACCAUGACUUUGUAGCCACAGUCACACUGGCCUGCACGCGGGCGUUCGUACCUUUCAAAGCUAGCUAACAGCUAUCGAACGGUCAGUUAGAUAAAGUUUGACUAACUAGAAACUUGGUUGUUGUUGCUUAAAUAUGUCAGGCUUUAAUUUCGGAUCCGGGGCUAUUGGUUCCACCAAUGCUGGCGGAGGGUUUUCGUUUGGAGCCGCUGCCAGUACCCCAGCUGCAGCAGGUACAGGUGGGUUUACUCUGGGUGGAGCUCUGGGUGCUACAGCCCCAGCCUCCACCACCACCACCUCUUCUCUGGGCCUGGGUGCAUCACUAUUCUCACAAAAACCUACUGGGGGGUUCUCCUUUAACACUCCUCCCUCAGGAGCUGCUGCACCCACCCAAGGCCUUACAUUAGGUGCCCCAGCAGCCUCUACAGCCCCUACCACGGGCUUCAGUAUGACCUUCAAUAAACCCUCUGCCUCGGCCCAACCCUUCUCCCUCACUGCAGCCUCCUCAGCCCCCACAGGGGCAGGACUGACACUAGGCUCCGUCCUCACCUCCACUGCGCCACAGCAAGGAGCCACAGGAUUCUCUCUCAACCUAGGGGGUGUGGCCGCAAGUACAGCCCCAUCCACGGGUCUAUCGCUGGGUUCCAGUAUGUUCUCUAACAUGGCUACUACUGGUCUGAGUCAGUCCACUCUUGGAGGACUGGGGUUUGCGUUAGGUUUGGGCCAGACCACUCUCGGAUCAGGGGGAUUGACGUUAGGUUCCCUGGCCUCUACCUCCACGGCGGUGUCAGCGGCCCCCAGCCUUGGACUGGGCGGAGUUGACUUCAGCACCUCCUCAGAGAAGAAAAGCGACAAAUCAUCAGGGGCCAGCCCACAAGACAGUAAAGCUUUGAAAGAUGAAAAUUUGCCUCCAGUCAUCUGUCAGGAUGUAGACAACUUCCAGAAGUUUGUGAAGGAGCAGAAGCAGGUUCACGAGGAGAUCAGCAGGAUGUCAUCUAAAGCCAUGCUGAAGGUUCAGGAUGACAUCAAGAGUCUCAAACAGCUGCUGUCUGUCAGCGCUUCGGGACUACAGAGAAACGCCCUGGCUAUAGACAAACUGAAGAUGGAGACUGCGCAGGAGUUGAAGAAUGCAGACAUAGCUCUGCGGACUCAGAAGACUCCCCCUGGACUCCAACACGACAACACAGCUCCCUAUGAUUAUUUCCGGUGUUUAGUGGAACAGUUUGAGGUCCAGUUGCAGCAGUACAGACAGCAGAUAGAGGAGUUGGAGAAUCACCUCACUACACAGGGCAGUGGAUCACACAUCACACCACAGGAUCUGUCACUGGCCAUGCAGAAGUUGUACCAGACGUUUGUGGCUCUGGCUGCUCAGCUCCAGUCAGUACACGAGAACGUCAAGACCCUGAAGCAGCAGUACCUGGGAUACCGCCGGGCCUUCCUGGAGGACUCCACAGACGUCUUCGAGUCCAAGCGGGUGGCCAGUAAGAAGUGGCAGAGUGCCCCACGCAUCACCACUGGCCCUGCCCCCUUCAGCAGCGUCCCCAAUGCGGCGGCGGUCGCCAUGGCAGCCACGCUGAGCCAGCAGCAGCAGCCCGGCCCAGGUCUGACCUCCGCCUUCAAGUUCUAGAACCCUGACCCCCUCACCUUUGACCUUUCACCUUACCACCCCUCAGUCUGAUAGAGAUGUAGGGAGAGAGAAGGAAAGUGGGACAAUAAAAACGUAGCCAGUGCCCAACUUUUAGGUUAGUUUGUCUUUUCUUUCUCUGGAAAGAGGGAACGAGAAAGAGGAGAAUGUAAAAGCAACAUAGUAAGUUCCAAACCGUGUUCAUUUUGUCUUUCUCCAGUGGUUCUGCUCUAUACGUGUGAGAAGACCUUUUCCUCACAGGCAUUAGACCCAAGGCAAUCUUUCUGCAGCUGUGUUGGAACUGCCUGUUCAUCAACGUAGCAGGGGCCAUUACUCGGCUCUCUGCUUUCCCUUCAUUUCCCCCUCUCUCCCUCUCUCUCUCUGUCUCUCCGUCUCUCCCUCCAUAAGAGAAGCACUUAACAGUUUCUCAGUGAAUCUGUGGCUUUUUAAGAUGAUUGAAAAAGUGUAGAGUUCUCAGAUUACUGGAGAUGAGACUAAAAACAAGAAAGCAGGACUCGUAUCACUGGGUAUUCAUUCACAGCUCUCAUCUGUCCCAGACAGACUAGACUAGAAUCUUUUGAAUACUUGGAGGCUGCAUUCUCUUUGGGUUCAGUCACUUAAUUUAUAUUGAAUGGGUUCUUGAUUAUCUAUAUUUAUUGAAGGUGCUUUUUUGUGAAGCUUAACUGCUUUGGUUUUAUUGAAUAAAAUAUCUUAGGUAGUUAGUCUGGAGCUAGUCUGGAUGGUGUAACGUGGUGGUUCCAAGUGAGUGUGCUCUGUGUCUUCGAUUAGGACGCAACCGUCCAAAUCGGUUUAGUUCGGAAAUUGGGUAUCAACCUUCUUUUUUUAUUAUUAGGAUUUUCCUGAACAAACUGGUUUAGAUUAGGACACAGUUGUCUGUGUGUGUUUUCAUAAAGCAGUAAUGUAGCUUUCACUGUGUGGUAGCAGUCUUGAUAAGCACUUAAAUCACACACACUCAUUCUCUCUCUCACACACACACACACACACACACCAGCCUUAGACCAGCAGAUCUCCCUCCCCAACUAGGUUAUGAGUAAUGAUUUUGUCUUUUCUCAGCAUCUGUCAUUUUGUCUUUGAUUGACAUGCUUCACCUAUAUUUCAGGAUGCCAUUUUAAAAGUUCAAGAUGAUCUGACAGUAUAUAGCCUAGUGUUUAAAGAAGAUAUCAUUUACUGCACAGGUCUUACAUCAACAGGGUGUUUUAAUUUCAGUGAAAGAUUUUAACUGUUGAACAUAUGCAUUCCUUUUUGUAACAAUGGCAGCGUCUUUAGUUGUAAUAGCAAUAACAGCAGGCUCUGGUUGCUAGUGGCCAGGUGUUUGCUUGUCUGUCUGUGUGUGUGACUGUAUCUGCAUUGUAGACAGGACAAUGACUGCCUCAGCUGGUAAUGACCGUUUUACAGUAAUUUUAACCACAGACAAGACACCCACUUCUACCUGACAGUCCAUAUCACUUUCAAUCCAUCACUAUGCGUUCUACAAUAACCUUUUGACUAAGAUAAUGAUUGUGAUAUAUCAGUAUUUCCUACACACACUACUUAACACUGGCAGGUGGUUUACCAUGCAGGUCUACCUCACUCCAGGAUAUAGAUGGCAGAGGGGCUGACGCACAGUCUGUCUGUACAGAUGGAACCUAGUUCUCUUUAGUUCCAUAAUCCAUUCUAUUUAAUAGAAGGGCUACGAUGUUACGUCACUCACUCGUUUUACAGGGGAGAAACCGAGUGAACGUGCUGCUCGUAUCAACUGCCUUGGGAAGGCCAGUUGGAUCAUUAGUGCCAAAAAUCAGUAUUUUUCUCUAUUCGGAGUCGGCCAUUUUGUGCUCUGAGAUUAACCAACUGCUGCUCUGGACUGACCCGUCUGUCCUCCAUUUCAUGCUAGCAUUCCAGAACCACUCUGAGACUUUGAUUGUUCUAGAAUGAGUAGCUAAAUAGUUGUGAAACUGGAACACGUAAAUUAGUUCUGGAACUCUGUGAUUGGUUCUGGAACUCGUGGUCUGCUCUACAUAGCAAACUCCUGUUAAUGUGACAGGGAUGUCUAACAGGACUAUGAUGAAUGUCUUGGGGCUUUUUGAAGGGGUUCUAUGAGGUCAGAAGGUCCUAUAGUUUUUUUUUAAAUCCCAGCCCCCGUCCCUGCAGGAGGCCUUUUUUGUAGGCCGUCAUUGUAAAUAAGAAUUUGUUCUUAACUGACUUGCCUACUUAAAUAAAUAAAUGACUACUAGUUGUGGUUGGACUGACUGGCUGAGAGACUGUCCGUCCACUCGGUGUUCAGAGGAAUAGCUAGUUGGAGCCAGUGAAGUGCUGGGAUGUUUGUAGGACACUGGUAUUGGCUGGGGAGGUGUAUUUUCAGACAAAAACACAGAUGCCAAUUCAGUGGCCUGUUCAGGAGGGUGUGAUGUUACAGAACGUUCAGAUAGAAAUGUGUUGUAGAAUAGGGAGUCAUAUCAGCUCUAUUCAUUACAUUUCUUUCUUCAACGUACAGAACGUGUCACAUAACUGAACACAGCCCUCAUCUUCACUCUGGUUCAGAGUGCUUUUGUUUAGAAUGGUGUGUUUAAUCUAAAUAUAACCAAUGCUUGUUGUUGACGAUGAUGCAUAUAUCUGAUACUAUAUAAUAUUGUGUGCCUUUUGAAACUAGACAUAUUAUUAAUAAUAAUAAUUUUGCGAUGCAUUUUUUUCUGGCACAGGCUAGUUCCUUCACUCUUGGAAUCUUGAAUAGUUUUGGAAAACUUGUGAAAUGCAAUAUAGCGGCUAGGAAUUAACAAUCGGUUGUGUCCUUUAACUGUGUCUGUUUAUAUGUAAGUGGUAUUGCUUUAAAUUGACAAUAAAUCCGUUUUAAAGGAG